AUGAGCGAUCAGCAUCCACGGCUGAACCACCUGCGCAGCACCGCCCAAGUCCUGAGACAAGCGACGACGUCGUUUGCCGGCAACCUCUUCACCUUCUUCUUCCUCUCCCUCCUCAUCUUCUCCUUCCGUACGGUCGUCGAAAAUGGGACCUACCUCCUCACAUCCUUCAUCGACCGCGACCCUUCUCUCAAGUCCCUCCUCUCCCGCCUCGAUCUCGCCGGCGCUGCCAGUCCCAACCACCGCUCUUCCCAAUCUCCGGCGGAUUCCCCUUCUCCGGUCACCCUCCGCCGCCGCCACCGUCCAUUUCUCCACCUCACCCGAGUCGGAACCCUAGACGACGACUUCUUCUCCGGUGACGACGACGACACUCGCUCCCAAUUCGGCCCCAAUCGCAUCGCCCCUAUCCUCAUUUUCUCCUCCGCCUCUCACUCCACCUCCAAAUUAGGGUUUAAUGGAACUUACGGAACUAGGGUUUCUGAAAUUGUCCGCUCCGGUCUCACGUUCAAAGCCGAGAAAUUCACCAUUUCCGAUGACAGAGCUGGAGAGGGAGAUAGGGAAGGCAAUAGCAGUGAAGGAGAGGAGAAAGGCGGUGAUGAGGAAUUGGAUGAUCGGGUCGUCGAUUUGCAAUUCUUCAUCAAGGGAUUGGAGCUGGGUCGCCGAGAUGUGGCGACGUUGUUCUUUCUUGUGAGUUUCUUAUCUGCAGCUUACGGUUGGGUAAUUCUUGGGUUUCUUAUUACGUAUUCAUGGGUUCUUGGCGUUGUGUUUACCACAGUUGUGAAUGAUCUGAUCGGGAGGAUUACUUCGUUUGUUGGUCUGGUUUGGGAUGGGUCUAGACUGGGCGUCAAGAGGCUCUCUGGGUUCAUUCUCAUGAGGUGGGCGGUGAGAGAUGCUCUCACUCAGCUUCUUGGCUUGUGGUAUUUCGGGGAAAUUGAGGACCAGUACUCGUUUUUUAAACUUUUCAUCAGGUUAAAGUUGAUGCCUUUUUCGGUUAUGCCUCCGUGGAUUCGAGGUUAUGAGAAGGAGAUUUCUGGGUUUCUGUUAAUGUGGUUCGUGUUGGAUACAUUUGUGGCAUUCGUAUUCGCUGUCGAUGCUUGGGUUGCCAUAGUGGAUUCGAGGAAGAAUGGAAGGGAGAUUGUCAAGGAAGGAUGUUAUUUGAUGCUGUCAAUGUUGCACCAAGCUAUCCAGAUUAAGUGUUUGGAAGCUAUAUUUUGUGGGUCAUCUGUAAGAUGGAUUGUAGCUCGAAUUUGUGGAAAAUCGUUUGCCAAGCUUUUUCAGGCAACUGUGGAAGUCUACUUUAUGGUGGCUUGGCUGAUAUUUUACUUUGCAGCGAGGGCGAGGUGUAGGGAUGCUAGUUCUCAGGGGGAUAGGAUCGGAGCGCUAGAUUGA